AUGACCUCCCCCUCAACCCGCCGCCUCCUCAAAGAAUCCACAGACCUCCACAAAAACCCAAGCCCAUACUUCACAGCCGCGCCCAUCUCCGACAGCAACCUGCACGACUGGCACUUCACCCUGGCGGGGCCGCCCGCCCCCUCUCCCUACCGCGGUGGGCUAUACCACGGCCGCAUCACGUUCCCGGGGACCUACCCGCUGCGGCCGCCGUCAUUCCGGUUCCUGACGCCGUCGGGCCGGUUCGAGGUCAACCGCGAGAUCUGUCUGAGCAUCUCGGGCCACCACGAGGAGACGUGGCAGCCGGCGUGGGGGGUGCGCACGGCGUUGCUGGCGAUCCGGUCGGAGAUUAUGGGGUCCGAGGCGAAGGGGCAGGUUGGUGGGAUGGAGGGGAGUGAUGCGGUUCGCGUGGAGUAUGCGCGCUUGUCAAGGGGUUGGGCUUGUCGCGAGUGUCGCGUUGAGAAUCAGGUUGCUAUGCGGGAGUGGUGGGCUGUUUGUCGUGAAAAGGGGGUUGAGGUGGAUGAGGCGGAGGAUGGUGUGGAGCUCUUUGCUGGUCCUGGUCCUGGUCCUGGUGGUGGUGGAGGUGCAGAUGAUGCGAAGAAACCAGAGGAGGAACAGAGUGUCCCAGGGAAUCAGCAGGAUGAAAGAAAGGACGCUGAGACUACGGAGAAGACACACUCUUCUGCGACGGAUGCUUCCUCGAAAGACCAGGUCGAGGUCCAGGACCAGCCAGCUCCCUCUGCGGUACCUGCUCCAGCUACGCCAGCCCCGACACCCACUACAGCACCUGCUACAGCGUCCGCUCCAUCGGUAUCAACCUCUCAAAGUACUCGUCCUCCCUCGCAAGCGCCGUCCGACGGCGUCUGGCUGGACCGCGCCAUCAUCGGCGUCUUUAUUGCUCUGGUGUUGCUGGUGCUACGGCGCGUGGUCAACGUCGACGACCUGUGA